AUGUCCGGCAACCAGAAGAACUCGGGGCAACGGAACACGAACCGUACGAUUGGCUGGUAUCAAUCCUUCGCGCAAUACAGGGCGAGGGUUCGAUGGGAGGCGGUAAAGAGGCUGAUGGAGACCGAGGCGAAGCGUGCCACUUCAAAUGAUUGGCGUGUCUUGUUCCUCGAUCCCAGCUGGUAUUCUGCGCAGCCGUUACAGCGGGAACGCAUCCUCAAAGAAGUAGCGAAGUCGAUCGUCGGGCAGCGCGCGCGUGCGAACGGGACAAGGCAAAUUAUCGUAACGUAA